UUCAUUUUCGGUAGCACAAUUUCUCAUUUCAAUCGUCAUCUCCCGCGUCGAUGGUCGUCUUCUCCGGCGCGAUGGUCAUCUUCUCCGGCGCGAUGGUCGUCUUCUCCUGCGCCGAUCUACAGAUGCUUCCUCGUUUCCUCCAUCGAGUUCACAGAUAAGCGAUUCUCUCCUUCAUAUUGUUCUUAUAUGUUUGUUGAUUUUGAUUCUGUUUCUGUCCUGGAUUUGCAUGGAUCAGAAAUGCAAAUUAGUUUAUGGAUCGAUUAUUUAGUUUGUAAAUCUUCAUCAGAGUUUCAUGAUCUCUCCAUUUUGCAUGUAGUUUCUAUAUAUUUUCUGAAUUAGUUUAAGGAUCGCUGAAUUUAUGAUGUUUUCUGAAUGAUGAUGUGUUUGGAUUUGAUGAGUUGUAAAUGGUAAAUGGUUCUUGAUCUGUAAACGGUUAAUGGUUCAUGAUCUGUAAACCGUUACAUGAUCUAUGUCUUUCUAUCCUUUUUAGCUUAAGUUAAUGGAGAAUGAUCGUUACUGGUUCAUGAUCUAAAUGGCUCAUGAUAUAUAUGUUUCUAUGUCUUGAUAUGAUCGGUAUAUUGUGUCUAUCUCUUUUAGCUUAAGUGAAUGAUCUAUCUGUUGAAUGGUAAAUGGUUUUUGAAUGGUAUAUGGUUAAUGGUUCUCUGUAUAUUGUGAAUGGUAAAUGGUUAAUGAUUUUUGCAGAUUCAGCUUACUUCAAAGAUCUAUCUCCAGUUGUUCUUCUUCUCUUUGCUCGUAACAAAGCUUUUAAAACCUAAAGAAGCUGUUAAGAUUAGUCUUCAAGUCUGGUGGAUGAUAAUUAAUGCCUAGUUAGAUAAAUGCGGAUUCUGUGUAAGAUAUGGAGUGGUUGAGUAAAUUAGUAAUGGUUGAAUAAACUGGUUGAAUGCUUUAGAUAUAUGCCAUCUCAAUAUAUCUUUUUUUGCUUUAGUGUAGAGUAAUGGUUGGUUUAGGAUAAUAAAUGUGCUUGAAUGCUGGAAAACGUUUUUGCUUUUCUUCCUUCAAUGUUCCUUUGAUUUCCUUCAUCAAUGUUGCUUUGUGGGUUUUUUUUAAAGCCGGUGUUUCUUCUCUUUUUAAACAUCUUCUCUUUGCUUCUUGUUCUCGGUUUGUGAUUCUCUUCUUCUUUUUACCUCUUUCAAAUGUAUAUUUGUGUUGUUUUUGUGUUAAAUAUGUAAUAAUCAAAUAAUUUAUUUAUUUUAAUUAAAAAAUUAUUAUAUUAUUUUUUUUAAGAAACCCAAAAAAGUAGUUAGCAAUAAUGAUGGGUUUCUUACAAAUAUUACUUAGCGUAAAACAAAUUUUAAAAUAAUGCUAAAAACUCAAAAAAGUAGUUAACAAUAAUCAUGCUCUAAGUAAACGAGUGGAUACAAAGACUUUCAUAUUGUGUUUUUUAGAAAAAAAAUACCGAGGCUGACUCAGCAUCCACGUAAUCAGAACAAAAUAAUAUCGAAUGACAGUGACUGUUAUGACGGAGUAAACACCAAAUCAUCGUCGGCGAUUAAUUGAAAGCAAUGGUUGAAUCGGAGAGAACGAAGCACACAUGUCUCCGGCUUGAAAUCUCCGGCGCCGAUCCAAUUUUCGUCAAAGGCACUUGGUACCAUUCUCGUUUCGAUAUCUCCGUCACCGAUGGCUCCUCCUCUUGGAUUUGCAAUGCGACUGAGGAGGAGGUGGUGGAUCGAGCAGCUCAAUGGGACCAGCCGGUGUCGGAGUAUCUAAAGCUCGCCGAACAGUACUUAGGGUUUCAGCAACCUGAUUCUGUCUAUGGUUUCUCCGAUGCCCUUGAGGGAUGUAAACGGCUCUCUUGGACGUUUGAGAAGGAAGGGACUAAACUCGAAUGGCGGUGGAAAUGUAAACCAUCACAUGACAGCAAGAAGAUCACAGUUGGGAUCUUGGAUUUUCUUAUGGAGGCAAAUAUAAGCUAAGAAGAAGUUGUGAACAAGACGAGUUCUUUUGAGGAGAUGACAAGUGAAGCCGAGAAAUGCCUAUCGCAAGGUGAAAAACUCUGCAACGAAAAAACGGAGUUUGAAAAUGCAACUUAUGCAAAGUUUCUUUCCUUGCUAAACACAAAGAAGGCAAAACUCAGAGCACUAAGGGACAAAGAAGAUUCAGAGAGAGCAGUAGAAGAGGAAGAGUCGACAGACAAAGCUGAAAGCUUUGAAAGUGAAAGAAGUGACAAUGAGCAGCGCGAGGAAGAAGCCUCAAAGAAGGCAACGACAACACGCAACAAAGCCCGAGGCCGGAAGAGAGCUGCGCUCAGCUAAGAGCUUCCAUAGCCUUGAAAAGUGAAACAUCUUUUGGUUUGUAUAAGACAAUAUUAGAUUGUAAAUCCGGUUUGAUGUAAACCGGUUAAUAGAAGCUCUAUAUAAGAGCAUUUCCUGGUAACAGAAGAGAUAAGAAACAAAUAACAAACUUUUCCCAACUUCAUC